CGAUCAGGCGCUCAGGCCUGGCGGUUCCCGGCAUACCCCGCGGUUGUUGCAGUGUCACGGCUGGCCUGGCCUGGCCAUGAAACAGGAGGGUGCGUCCCGCCGCCGCGGUGACAAGGCCAAGGGCUUUUCGGCCCUCGACGUGUCGCUGCCCGCGCUCCCCGAUGUGGAGAUGCAGGAGGAGACAGUGGCGACGGUGGCCGAUGUGGCUGGGGAGCGGCAGCCGCAGCGGGAACUUGACGCCGUUACAUUGGAAGAUAUCAAAGAGCAUGUGAAGCAGCUGGAAAAGGCUGUGACAGGGAAGGAGCCACGCUAUGUGCUGCGGGCCCUGCGGGCUCUGCCCUCCACCUCCCGCCGCCUCAACUCCAACGUACUCCACAAAGCCAUCAAUGGCUUCUUCACCUCCAACGGCACCAUCAGGGACUUUCUCCUGGGCUUCCUGGAGGAGGUGGGGCCACAGGAGAGGGUGAGGUCCAUGGACACAGAAGCUGAGCUGCAGUUUCGCCCACGGAUGGGGAAAGCAGCCUCAGCCCCUCUCUUGCCAGAAGUGGAGACCUACCUCCAACUGCUACUCAUUAUCUACCUGAUGAACAGCAAACGAUACCCAGAGUCUCAGAAUGUCUCUGACGACUUGAUGCAGAAAAUCAGUUCCCAAAACCGCCGGGCCCUUGACUUGAUAGUGGCAAAAUCUUAUUACUACCACUCCCGCAUCUACGAGUUCCUGAACAAACUCGACAUGGUCAGGAGCUUCCUGCACACCCGACUGCGGACAGCCACGCUGCGGCACGACGCCGACGGGCAGGCCACCCUCCUCAACCUCCUCCUGAGGAACUAUCUCCACUAUAACCUCUAUGACCAAGCAGAAAAACUCGUCUCCAAGUCUGUGUUUCCCGAGCAGGCCAACAACAACGAGUGGGCUCGGUACCUCUAUUACACAGGGCGCAUCAAGGCCAUCCAGCUGGAGUACUCGGAGGCAAGGAGGACCAUGACCAACGCGUUGCGGAAGGCACCACAGCACACAGCUGUUGGCUUCAAGCAGACAGUGCACAAGCUGCUCAUCGUGGUGGAACUGCUGCUUGGGGAGAUCCCAGACAGGCUGCAGUUCAGACAGCCCUCCCUCAAGCGGUCACUGAUGCCAUAUUUCCUCCUAACUCAGGCUGUCAGGACAGGGAACUUGGCCAAGUUCAACCAAGUCCUUGAUCAAUUUGGGGACAAGUUCCAGGCUGAUGGCACCUACACCCUCAUCAUCCGUCUGAGGCACAAUGUUAUCAAGACAGGGGUCCGUAUGAUCAGCCUCUCCUACUCCCGCAUCUCCCUGGCUGAUAUUGCCCAGAAGCUGCAGCUGGACAGUCCAGAGGAUGCAGAGUUCAUCGUUGCCAAGGCCAUCCGGGAUGGGGUGAUCGAGGCCAGCAUUAACCAUGAGAAGGGCUACAUCCAGUCCAAGGAGAUGAUUGACAUCUACUCCACCCGGGAGCCCCAGCUGGCCUUCCACCAGCGCAUCUCCUUCUGCUUGGAUAUCCACAACAUGUCAGUGAAGGCCAUGAGGUUCCCACCCAAAUCUUACAACAAGGACUUGGAAUCUGCAGAGGAGCGCCGGGAGCGUGAGCAGCAGGACCUGGAGUUUGCAAAGGAGAUGGCAGAGGAUGACGAUGAUGGUUUCCCCUGACCCUCUGGCCUGACUCUGCCUCCCCUUGUCCUUAGGGAAGAUGCUGUCUGAGCAAAGCUCCCCCUACACAGCCCCAGUUCCCCCUCCUCCUUCUGCCUUUCUCUUAUAAAUACUUGCAUGUCUGUCCUGGGGGAGUGUGACAGGAGGCUUCCCUGGGCCUGCAGCCAUGGGCCCUGCUCCCCCUUCCCCCUGCCCCCCACAAUGGGAACCCCUUUCCCCAAGAAACAAACAUUCUUCUAUGGUCAUUUGGGGUCAGGGUCAGGGCUGAGCCCAGCAGAGGCACAGAUGAGCCCGUGGUUGUGGGAGCUCCUGGGGCAGCAAGGCCAGGGCAGGAGCGUGGCGCCCACAGGGGCCCUCCCAGCAAUCACAACAAUAUCGGGGUCAGACUUUGUUAAGCUUCAAUUAUGACUUUUAAAAUAAAAGUUGAGAUAAAAACAGAGCCUUACUUGUCCCUGCCCUGGGACUGUGGGGACAGGCAGUACGUGGGACCUGCUCUGCUCAGGGGGCUGGAGCUGGUGACAGCUCUGGCACAGAGCACUCCAGCUGGGACUGGCAUGGGCCUGGGCAGCUCAGGGAUGGGGGACUGGGGGACCUGUGGGGCAGCCCAGAGCUAAGCUGGGGGUACCCAGGACUCAAUGACAGCAGCAGGACAGGACAGGGAGCCCUGGAUAGCACUGACAGCCCAAAUCAUGGAGUCAUUUUAGUUGGAAAAGCCCAUUAAGCUCAUAGAGUCCACUCCCUGCCUUCACAUUGCCCAGCCCACCACUAAUCCAUAGCCCUCAGCUCCACAGCUUUGCAAUAGCUCCAGGGACCACCUUGUGGGACAGGAUUCAUGGACCACGCAUCAGACCAAUAUGAUCAAUGCAGAAGCCGUUUAUUUUAGCAUUCAUUCACAUUAUAUAUGUUAUUCUUUUCUAAAUACAUGAUGUAUUCUAUUAUGAUUGGAUAGCUCAGUCUAUCAUGCUCUGUUCACGUACCUAAUAGCAGAAUAUGAUUUGUUAAGUUUAACUAUAUUAAUAUCUUGAUAGUAGCAGUUUCUACAUUCUUUUACCUGAUUCCUUUAUCUAAAUUCUAUUCUAAGCUUGUACAGUUUCUUUCCCACACACAGCUGCCUUAAUAUCUACAUUCUAAUAA